AUGGAGUCCAUCCGCCCUCAACGGGGUCUGUAUUCUGCGACGUUCGAUAAUGUAGCAUUCCAGGACUCCCCGACGCCAUUGCCGAACCGCUUGAUCGCAGCUCGCGCAGAUGCUAUCCCAGGCUUCUUAUCACGGAGGUACCGCGGCGAACUCGCAGCGACUACUUGGCAUGUCGGGGGAGCAGUCAGAGCCGGGCACGAACGGCGCCUAGGCCUCGGCGAGUCGUGCGCGGGGUGGGCAGAAGGGAAUGUGGAUGAGGAAAUUCAAGGCAUAGAACAAGCCACACCACAAAGAUCAGCCGCACCGUUGCGCCUAUCAUCGAAACAAGGUGCACCAACGUGGGCCUGUCCUCGAGCUUUUUCCCAGCCACUUGUCAACGCCGCAGCCGCACGCGGUUGGCAUUUCAAUGGUGUAGAAACUACAGCGUGCGGCCUGGACCUAGCUUACCACCAUGGAGAACCCGAAGGUCUUGCUCUUCCACAAGUACGCGUCAAUACAAGCUUUGACAAGAAUCGUGCCAUCAGCGCCAACUGUCUUUUCCGUCAAUGCAUUCCUUGUCCUCCAGCUAGUAAGGGAGUAUUGGAGAUGUACCUCAAACCCUUCAUUUUCGGCCUCUGGGCCAUUGGCUCUCUGCGGCCAGUGUUCGGAUAUGACCCAACAGAUUCAUUGAUGGAUGGAGACUCCUCGCAGUCCGGUUACCUUCCGGAUCACAACAUGGAUCCCACAGUCAUUACUGGCGGCUCCUUUGGUCAGCUAUGGCAGUACAAGAAUGUAAUACCAUCCGGCGGUGCGCCAGACCAGUUUUACGCCAAACCUCUGGUUUACACGCCUACAAGUCUGGGAGGUCAACAAAUCGUUCUUGCGUUCUCCGAGGCCAACAGGAUCUAUGCAGUCGACGCUGUCAAUGGUUCCCUAAUUGCGAAAAGAGAUCUUGCGCUGGAGGGAGAGAUGCCGUUCAAGGUUUCUGAUCUUCCGUCUUGCAACGAUAUUGGAGGAUAUAUCGGAAUUACUGGCACUCCUGUUAUCGACCCAGCUACCGACACGGUGUAUUUCUGGGCCAAGAGCUACCUGCCAGGGGGUCAGACUGGAUACAAGAAUGGUGCCUAUCGAUUCCACGCCAUUGAUGCUGCAACAUUGGUUGAGAGACCUGGAUUUCCUACAAACAUCCAAGGUUACCCAGCGGACAAUGACAAUACGCGAUGGUUUACAGGCGGAACUCAUCUCCAGAGAACCGGACUGAACCUCAUCAACGGUGCCGUCUAUGCUGGAUUCGGAGGACAUUGCGAUCUUUUCAAUUACACUGGAUGGGUCAUCGGUAUGAGCACUUCCGGCAAGAUACUGACCGGCUAUAGCACCAACGCUGGCCCCGAUUCUCCUCCGGAAGAUGGUACAUGGACAGGUGGAGGAGGUGGAGCGGGAGUCUGGCAGUCUGGCGCUGCGAUCUCGUCUGAUAACUCUGGCCGUCUCUUCUUUGCUACUGGAAAUGCCGAAGGUGGUGGUUUCAACAACAAAGUCCCCGCAUCUGGCCGAGUUUAUCUGGAUAUUCUGUCCGAGUGUAUUGUUAAUCUAGCGAUCGAUCCAAACACUGGAGCUCUUACGCAGCAAGAUUAUUUCGAGCCGUUUGGGUAUCUAGGAAUGGAUGCUGGUGAUCGCGACCUCGGCUCAGGUGGUGUUUGUCUACCAGAUCCAAAGGUGUUUAGUGGUGGAGGAAUCGCUCGUCUCGCAAUAACUUGUGGAAAAAAUGGAAUCUGCUACGUUGCGAAUGCGGACAACCUCGGUGGAUACAAGAUGGGCACAGCUGGCGGGGACGCGAUUGUUCAGACCAUAGCACCUCCAGGUGGAGGCUCGGUCUUCGGCAAUGUUGGCGCAUAUCCACUCGAAGGCGGCUACAUCUACCUCACGCCAGUCGGUGCUCCAACCUACGUAUAUUCCCUGGGCUUCGAUACGAGUGGAAGGCCGACCUUUACCCAAGUUGCGCAAACGGACGAGAAGUCUCCUGGUGCGGUGGGUGUUGGGCCUGCAACAAUCACCUCUUUCAAAGGAAAGGCUGGCACUGGAAUCCUCUGGAUUGUCGAUACGAACGGCCUCCGAGCUUACAGUGCUGCACCUGUUGGCGGCAAGAUGACACGUAUUACACUUCCGGCUAUAACCAACCCUAGUAAAUUCCAGCGCCCAACUUUUGGAAAUGGGAAAUAUUACGUGGCCACGUUGAGUGGUGCCAUUGUCGGGUUUGGGGCUCCUGUUGCGCUUCCAUUCGUAUGCACCUCUCCUCUUGACUUUGGCUCCGUGUCGAUUGGUGCUGCCAGUACCAUGAACGUCACCUGCAAAGCAAACAUCGCUGUUUCCCAGGUUCUGGGAUUGACUCUGGGUAAAACCCUUUACCAAGCGUCCAAUUCCAGUUUGCCACAGGGUGCGCUCAAGGCUGGGGACAGCUUCAACAUUCCCGUUACAUUCAAUUUGACCAAUUACGUGCUCAAUGCGGGCAGCACAAGUGCUCCCUCCGUGUCCCCCGGAGUUCAAACGACUGCCAUGAGCAUUUUCACGAACAACACUAUUGCUGGAUACUCUACCGAGCAAGGCAUUACUUUAACCGGUACGGCUGUCAGCCAGGAUCCCUUCCUCGCCGUCAACCCAUUGCAAGUUGGAUUUCCUGGGAUUGUCAUCGGAGGAGCCCUUGCUGCAUCAACUGCCACAUUCAUCAUACAAAACGCUGGACAGUCUGACCUCAUUAUUCUUGGUUACGCCUACGGUGCUGGUGAUGAUGAUGACCCAAGCUAUACCAAUAUUACUUUAGCUGGACAGGGGGUUUCGGUGGAUCUUGACGACGAUGGCUACUUCACUACCUCGGGACUCCCCCCUCUCAACACGAAGAUCCCGGCUGGCGGUUCAUUGACCGUUGAUGCUACAUUUGCAGCUUCAGUUGUCGGUGACUACUUCACUCUGGUCACUGUCUUCUCAAAUGGUGGGUCUGCGUACACUAUUCUCAGCGGUUCUGCAAACACAUCCCCCAUCGUAAAAUUUGAAUAUGAGACGAACGAAAAUGGAUGGGACCCUAUUGCAGAUUGCGCGAUACCUGCCGAUGGGUGUACUUUCCAGCUCGAUGUUGGGACUCUGCCCGGAGUCGGCUCCGCUCUGAGGACCAUCCGUUUUACAAACAAUGGAGGAUCUGACCUCGUCGUUACUAAAUCUAAACCUCCCGAGGGAACUGUUCUAGGCGCCACCAACCCAUCCACAGAUCUAUCAGAGGGAAUGUCAAUCCCACCAGGAAAUUCCUCGAGUGCUACAGUCUACUUCCAACCAGGCUCUUUGCCCCUCAACUCCGACCCCGUCGUGUACUUCGGCGCAUGGACUCUCAAUACUAACGAUCUAUCCUUCGGUGUCCAUGUCGUGAAUUUUACCGGCACCUUGGCACCCAUGCAGGUCGGCCCUACGUUAGGCAGUGGUGGCGAGGCCAGGUACAAGUAUCUCGGAUGCUACCAAGAUGCCCAGAAUCCACGCAUCGAGGCCACGCAGUACAAUAAUGCCGCUAUGGAGAAUGGCCUCUGCCAACAAACGGCCCUGACCGCCGGUGCCAUCUUCGCUGGCACUGAAUAUCAAACGCAAUGUUUCUACGCUUCAGCAAUACCAGCGGCCUCAUUGAAGGCUGACGAAUCGAAGUGCACGACUUAUACUUGCGCGGGAGAUACUACACAGAUGUGCGGUGGUGUUGGAACGUAUAUUUCUAUCUAUUAUGAUAGCUUGAGAUUUGAUCCAGUCUCGGGGAACAUCUUGAUCCCUGGUGCCUCUUCGUCCACCGCGGCCUCGAGUACAACCUCCACAAGGACUUCAUCAACAGUCCUGUCUUCAACAACCGUGUCUUCAACAGUCCUAUCCUCCUCAAUAUCGUCCACGCUUACAUCCUCUACAACAACGGCAUCCUCGUCCUCAUCCAGCCCAAUUUCGGCACCGCUUUCAUCAACGUCAUCCUCCGCCAGCUCUACUUCUCCCUCCGCGUCGUCCACUCCGAUACCCCCAAGCGUCGGCGCCUACGUCUACUCCGAUUGUCGUUCAGACAACAUAACCAUUCGAACCUUGACUGGGCUGAAGUGGGUGAACGGCGCUAUGACUAUUGAGCUUUGUGCCAGCACCUGCGCAGGAUUCAGCUACUUUGGAGUGGAGUACUCAGAUGAGUGCUACUGUGGGAAUACCCUGAGUUUUGGAAGCUUUGCUACAACAGAUGGAAGAUGCAAAAUGAACUGUGCUGGGAAUGUGAAUGAGAUUUGUGGUGGCCAAAAGGGUCUGACAAUGUAUAAGCUGCAGAACCUCCCGUCGAGCAGCUCGUCUUUUAGUUCAUCCUCUUCAUCGGUUUCGUCGUCUGUGUCGUCUAGCGUCGCGUCCUCAUCCUCCUCGCUGGUUUCCAGUUCCUCGUCCUCGCUACUUUCAAUUUCAGCGGCGUCCAGCCUCGUAUCAACUUCAGCGUCGUCCAGCCUCAUAUCGACUUCAGCCACGUCCAGCCUCAAAUCAACUUCAUCCUCCAGCACAUCAUCUAGCUCGCCAUCGUCGAGCUCAUCGAGCUCCUUCUCCAGCUCCUCCAGUUCCUCUUCCAGUUCCUCUUCCAGCUCCACCCUCAGUUCUUCCUCCAGCUCCUCAUCCUCCACCGCCUCCUCUACGCCGAGUUCUUCCACCUCCUCUACGCCCAGCGUUUCUUCUACGUUAUCUACUGCCUCAACUCGAUCAACGACACUCUCGACUUCCACCCUUCCAACAUCGACACUUUCGACCUCAACCCUUCCAUCGUCGACGAUCUCCACCUCCUCAAUCCGCUCCUCAACUAUCUCAUCAUCCUCCACACCCUCAGCUUCCGCUUCAUCUUGGUCCUACGUCGGCUGCGCUAACGAUACAAUCGCCCACCGGGCCCUCAACGGCACGACUUUCGCCGCCACCACCGUGACCAUCGAAACCUGCCAAGCCUACUGCAUCGGCAAAAACUACCCCUUCGCCGGCGUUGAAUACGGCGAUGAAUGCUACUGCGGCCUCGGACUAGCCUUUGGCUCAAAAAUUGGCUAUACAGGCUGCACCAUGAAGUGUGCGGGCAAUUCAUCCGAGACCUGCGGCGGCUCUUCCAGACUCAACCUUUACCAGUACACUAACCCAAGCUAUGUGUAUCCGAAAGUUUCGCCACAGGUGGACGUGUAUAAUCUCCAAGGGUGUUAUUAUGAUCCGAUCAACCCGCGCGCGCUACCGAGUUAUUCGUAUGUGAAUGCCACGGGCAUGACGGUGGAGAGUUGUGUUGCGACUUGUAAAGGCAAAGGGUAUGUCAAGGCGGCGGUGGAGUACGGACAGGAGUGUUAUUGUGGAACGACGUUGUCGACCCAGGCAACGUCGGAGGAUAUUCAAGACUGCAAGAAGAUGUUCUGCACCGGGGAUAAGACGGAAUUCUGCGGGGCUGGACAACGAGCGCUUGUUUACUCCUCUGUCGGAAUUUGAAAAAAGGGCGACUCUGGUAUGGGAGUUUAGCCUCAGCGAUGGGAGUUCAGGCUUAGGGGUCCUUUUUUGAUCGUAAAUUGAGAUAAGAAGGUAAUGACGUUUAUGUUCUAGACUAAGCAAUGAUUAGACAUGAGGAGGGAAGGGCUUUAGAAUAGAUAUCCAUAGAGCGUGGCGUACAACGCGGCGUUUGUAAUUAAUUACCGUU